GAUCUCUCCGUUGGUGAAUGACUUCUUCUACUACCAACAUUGAUGGCAUCGCAAGGUGGUUUGGAGUGGGUUUAUUCUCCCAACCGUAUUUCUGGUUCUAUCCUUACUCUUUGGUUCAACUCUGGUUCCUUUCGAACUAAAUGGGUUUCGUAAUAGGCUUUGCCUUAACCUCGUUCUCCUUAAUCGAUAAAGUUCAUUACAAUAACAUACUAAAAACACACGUAACUAAACCCAACACAAUUGGGCUUUCAUUAACUUCAGGCCCAUUGGCCCUUUUCUUCAUAAGUGACAUAAAGUCACGCUUCCUCGUUGCUCUUUGUCUUCUUCCUCUUUGUUUACUUCUUCUUCUUCGUUACUUCCUUCUGCAACUUCUUCUACUAACUCUUAUUUCUCAUACUUGAUUCUCUUGUGCAUGAUUGAUCAAAGAUGAGAUUCCAACAUCAAGUACGUUUAGGAGAUUUUGUUUCGAUGGCCAUGGAUAAUAAUGAUGCAAUCACCGCGGAUGAUCAUAAACGUGCGGAUCAAGACAGCAAAGACGCUCAGGAGGAUCUUGCUUCCUUGGAGAAUUCUUCUCGGAGAAUCCUCAGAGAAUCAUCUUCGGCCACAACUCAUACCUAUUUGUUAAACUCCAAGGGUUUGGUGAGUGCAGAGCUUAUUAAGGAUGAUAUGAUUCUGGUCGUUGGUUUAGGUUUGUCCCUCUGCGACUCGCUCGAUAACACCACGAAACUGGAGACUAAUAAAGCUCUGAGAAACCAGAAGCUGGCUCACCCAGAAGCUGCGGAACUGGCUGCCAUCAUUCACGGAUUGAAUUGGGCCUUGGAACUUGGUGUGGAAAGUAUCCAAUUCUUCUGUGACGACUCCUCCAAUAUCUUGGGCUACGUUACUCGUAAAGUUAUACCGAACGAGUCCAUUGUAGCAAAACUUUUGAAGCAAGUGUUUCUUCUUCAGACAAGAUUCACGUCUUGUCAGGCACUCUCUGUAAGCAGAGAUAUGACUUCUGUCGUCAAGCUAGCAAGAGAUGCUAUAGCUUCCCAAACUAGAUGGUUUGAAGGAGACACCGAGUAUGAGAGUUGUCCAGUCUGCUACGGUUACGUUUCGCCUAGUGAUAAGUUUGAGGUGCAAGGCUGCUUCCACCGCAUCUGCGUUACGUGCAUGAGGAAGCCCUUCUCAUCCGAACAAAUCCUACGAGGGAACACAGCAAUCUGCCCUUAUCCGGAUUGCGAGAAUGAUCUUGUGCCAGAAGAUUGUAGAGGUUUUGCAGAUGAUAAUGCUAUUACUCUUAUGAUCCAGCGCAAGAAGGAAAAGGCGAUCCCGGUUAAAGACAGAGUCUAUUGUCCCAACCCUUGUUGUUCGUUUUUGAUGUCGGACCUCGACCUCAACAGCCACGUAGGCAAUAAUCCUUGUCAGUUGUCAGAAGAACGGAAGUGCAAGGAGUGCGGCUUGUCUUUCUGCAAAAAAUGCCAUGUUCCAUGGCACCACAAGAAGACGUGUGAUGAGUUUAAGAAGUCGGAGUCAUACCUGAAAUCAGACCCGGCGCUUUUGGAGUCUUUUGUGAAGACACAGGGAUGUAAAAUGUGUCCCCAGUGUCAGAGCAUCAUUCAACAUGGUGGAGGGUGCAUGCAAAUGACUUGCAGAAAUUGCAAACACGACUUCUGUUACACGUGUGGGGCUGCGUGUAAAAAGAAGAAACUGACAUGUAAAUGCUCGCGUUCAGGGAAAUAAGCUUGACAUAUAUAUAUCCAAGCUAGGUUAAGCUUGACUAUAUACAUCACUCCAAAUAGUUGCUUAUAUAACUUAUGUAUAAGACAAGUGACUUGUUUUGAUGAUAUUGAAGAUAUUUAUUAGUGA